CCUCACGAUAUAACAGCUCCGAAGCGCCACCUUCUACUCCUCUCUCAUUACUUCUCUCUGCUCUUCAGCUCCAAUACCUCAACCACUCAAUUCAGCAAAGCACUUUUUCACCACGAAACAAAAACAACCUACUUCUUUUCACCAUGUCAUUCCCAGCAUCCUCCGGUGGUGACGACAGCAACGAGUCCAAGUACAACGAGCACGGCCUGCUCCGUAACCGCUAUGCCCCUCCAGCCGAAGAGAUGGUCGCCGGCGCCGGAAUCGACCAGAUGACGACCCACUUCAAACGUGAGAACGGAAGAUCCAAGUACGUUUCUCCCGCCGAGAAGAUGGUGGGCUCCAUUGCCGAUGGCAGCAUCCAUGGAAACACUGAUACCACGGGAAGAUUAUCCGCGAGAGGAUUCGGGACUGACGGCCGUGGAACGCCCUAUGCCAGCUCCUUGAGCGAGUUCAAGCGUACCGACCAUGAGGAUGUCGUGAGAGACCGUCAGUCGGAGGCUGCGGCUCCAGUCAGCGCACUCGGAAAGGUCUGGAAUCAGUACGUUUCUGGAAGAACUACCAAGGGAAUGGAGCCGGAAAAUGCCACCUCCGUCAGCUACAGCCAGCGCAAGAACGACACGGCAAAGCCAGAGUAGCAGACGGCUCCCUAUUACUAUUGUCGGGUUGGGGAUUGUUUGAAGUUUAGCGUUUAUGAAUUUUCUUCUAUUUUUAUUGUUGCC